UGGCGUUGAGGCCGCCCUGGGCGGCGCCAUGUUAGGGUUGGCCCCUGCCUGCUUCUUUGGCUGCCGCUUCUGCUGCACAUGGCGGGGACAGAGAGCGCGGCGACCACCGCCCCCGCAGGGGGCUUGCUGAAUGGCGGCGGCGGGGACAGGCCAGAGGAGAAGCGGCCGCGGCUCGGGGCGGCCCCAGCUUCCUCCUCGUCGUGGCCGGGCCCCGCGGGGAACCGCGUGACGGUGGUGCUGGGGGCGCAGUGGGGGGACGAGGGGAAAGGCAAGGUGGUCGACCUGCUCAGCCUCGACGCCGACCUCGUCUGCAGGUGCCAGGGUGGCAACAACGCUGGCCACACCGUGGUAGUGGACUCGGUUGAAUACAAUUUCCACCUUUUGCCCAGCGGGGUUAUCAACCACAGUGCCACAUCGUUCAUCGGGAAUGGCGUCGUCAUCCACUUACCCGGGCUCUUUGAAGAAGCUGAGAAGAAUCUUAAGAAAGGGCCAGGUUUAGAAGGCUGGGAGACUCGGACAGUGAUUUCUGAUCGUGCUCAUCUGGUGUUCAACUUCCACCAGGCUGUGGAUGGAAUCCAGGAACAGCAAAGGCAGCAGCAGGCUGGCAAGAACCUGGGCACCACCAAAAAGGGGAUUGGUCCAGCCUACGCCUCCAAGGCCUCCCGAACUGGCCUGCGCAUCUGUGACCUGCUGGCGGACUUUAACGAGUUUUCCAAGAAAUUCAAGGUCCUGGCCCAGCACUACAAAGCGACGUAUCCAGCUCUCAACAUUGACACAGAGGCUGAACUGCAGCAAUUGAAGACCUAUGCUGAGAAGAUCCGCCCAUUGGUGAAGGAUGGUGUUUAUUUCAUGUACCAAGCCCUGCAUGGCCCAUCCAAGAAGAUCCUGGUCGAAGGAGCCAACGCCGCACUGUUAGACAUAGAUUUUGGUACCUACCCGUUUGUGACAUCCUCCAAUUGCACAGUGGGAGGCGUCUGCACUGGCCUCGGCAUCCCCCCGCACUACAUUGGCAAGGUCUAUGGUGUGGUGAAAUCCUAUACUACCCGUGUUGGUGUUGGGACCUUCCCCACUGAACAGGACAAUGAGAUUGGCGAGCUGCUGCAAUCGCGGGGUCGGGAAUUUGGCGUUACCACGGGCCGGAAGCGCCGCUGCGGCUGGCUAGAUCUCGUGCUGGUGAAAUACGCCCACAUGAUCAAUGGAUUCAGCGCCCUAGCAGUGACCAAGAUGGACAUCCUGGACACCUUUGAGGAGAUCAAAGUGGGUGUGGAGUACCAGCUGAACGGGAAGCGCAUUCCUUAUUUCCCAGCCAACCAGGAGCUCCUGAACAAGGUGGCUGUGGAAUACAAGGUCCUGCCAGGUUGGAGGUGCAGCACCGAGGAGGCCCGUAGCUUUGGUGACUUGCCCUCUGAGGCCCAGGGCUACAUCCGCUUCAUAGAGGAAUAUCUGGGGGUGCCAGUCAAGUGGAUUGGAGUGGGGAAAUCCCGCAAAUCCAUCAUCAAGCUCUUCUGAGGCUGGCGGAAGGAGGAGGAGUUGGGCACUGCCCCUCGUCGCCACUGCAUGCAGUUCACGGACCAAUCAGCACACAGGAAAUACGGAGGAGGGGUUAUCCCUACCCACAGGCCAGGUCUCCUCCCCCUUCGAUUGGCUAAGAGCACUCCUCACCUCCUUCUCCUCUUUGCAAAGGCUCAUGGUCUGAUCAUGACUGACUGCCACAAUUUGAAAACGGUCCUGUCCUUUUUCAGCCUUUCCUCCAAGUUCAGCACUGCCACCGUUUGUAGCCGCAUUUGGUCAGUGAGAGGGAGAGGGGAGAGACAGAGGCUCACUGGCUCUGAGAUCCUUUCUUUUCUUUCCAGACUGGUUAAUGUCACACACUCCGCUUUCCCUUUCUGCCUCUGUCAUCACCAGUGGUGGCUGUCCCAGUAGGGCAAAUAGAGCCCUGCCCCACCAACCUCAGUCUGUCCUCAGACAGCCUCCACCUGCCUGCCUCCCUUCUUACUUAGAACAGCCAGUCCAGGCUCCUUAGUCUCAGUAUUGCCCUUGUAAAACUCAGCAGGGCAGAGAACAGGAACAAAACUAGAAAUAGUUGGCCCUGUCUUUUUAUUGGACCUGGUUCCAAUUAUUGUUUGGGCUCCCUUCGGCCCCAUCAGUUCCAAUGGGCACCAGCCCCCACUGCUCGUCACUCUUGCCCCUUGUUAGAAGCCACUGCCAUUCCUCAUCUGGCUGCCUCGGCAUGCCUGCCUCGCGUGAUGGCCAGGGAGUUUAUUUCCCUCCCCAAAAAUUCUGGGGCACACUCUCACGGCAGGAAGCAAUUUUGCCCCUUCCAGGAAUAGAACAGUUAACUUCCAUUCGUGUUGGGUGUAAAUUCCCCUUGCUGUCUUGCGCUGAAGACGAUAGCUGAGGUUGGAUGACACAAGAAACCGCAGUUGAUCUUGAUGUGAAUGAGCUGCAGCGAGCCUCAGACCUGCACCCUCUCUCCCAUCUGCUCAUCUGGCGCAGCCACAAAGAGUUUGGAAGCUUUUGCCUCUGUUUCUGAUUAGCCAGAGUUUAGCGUGACUGAACCCUAAACCGUAGCUAAUUGUUAACUACAGUCUGUUUUGUUUGGACAAAACAACAAACUGCAAUUAAUCAAAAACAGAAGCAAAAGUUUCCACAAACACCUCUUCACACCCAUGAUGGAAAGAGAGAAGGGAGUGCAUAAGCCCAAGACUCACUGCAACCGAUUUCCACAUAGCCAUUGUGUGCACCCUUCUCUUUCAUUCCCCUGAUUUUAUGGGGAAUUUUCUAGACAAUCUAGUAUUUUGCAUUUCACAUCCUGACUUCAGUGAUUGGGCAUAACUGUGCAAAUCAAGCCCUCCCUCCCCUCAGCAGGACCUGGAGGGUUGUGCUGACUGCAGAAGCCCUACCUGCAACCAUUAGAAUCUCAGGGCUCCUUUUAGGGGUUGGAGCCUUAAUUGGAACCAGAAUCCUGCUUAUUUUGUAUUCUUUUAAAACUAUGGAAGUGGAGAUUCAUGGGACCAACAGAACAGAUACCAAAGCUUUCUAGGCGCACACUUGCACAACCCCACCCCUGUCCAUCCUAAUGAACCACCCCUGCUUUUGUGUAUGCUGGGAGGGUUAGAUGGAAAGCUCUCUUUUAACCUCAGUCUCAUCCUCAAGCCCAGCGGGCUUCGCAUUUUCUGGGCAUUGUCGCGUCUGCCAAUUUUCACUGUGGACAGAAAUAGCAAUAAAGAACAACUGUUUAUUUUAUAAA